UAAAUACGGACCUUACGGGAGAAUAAUUAGGCUAGUGUGGAAAACAGAGCUGUCACAACUGGAGCCAAUGUUUUCAUUAAGUUUGCUAGUUCUAAAAGUAAUUUUGAAAUUGUAUUAAUUAAAAACAAACAAUAAAGGACAGUGCAUUCUUCUCAGUGACAGUCUACCUUCCAGUACAGCAUUGUUUUCAAAACAUGACCAUCAAUGUUACCAUUUCCAUGGUCCAUUUGGCAUAAGAAAUUAAAAAUUAAUGCAGAAUUUAGUGAAAAUGUUAGUGCUUUCUAGUAUGUUCCUAUCAUUCUCCUUUUAUUGGUUGGCGUUGGUAGGUGCCACUUCCAUUUAUGAUGUUCAGCCACAACAAAUUCAUUUAUCUUUCUCAGAUAAUGCAAGGGAUCUUGUUGUCACAUGGAGUACAAUGAAUAGUACAAACGAAGCAAGUCUUGUGGAAUAUGGAAUUGUUGAAAGUAAUCUGACUCAAACAGCCACUGGGGUUGCUAAAGAAUUCAUAGAUGGAGGACUAGCAAAAAGAGUGCAAUUCAUUCACAGAGUAAAACUUAAAGGGCUGUUGCCAAAGCAGAAAUACUUUUAUAGAUGUGGAAGUUGGCUUGGUUGGUCUAGCCUGUACAAUUUUCUCACUAUUGACAGUUCGGCAGAUUGGUCUCCAAGACUUGCUGUGUACGGCGACCUGGGCUCAGAAAAUCCUCAGUCGCUUUCACGGCUGCAAAAAGAAGCACAGGAAGGUCUAUACGAUGCAGUAUUUCAUGUUGGUGAUUUUGGAUAUGAUUUGUAUGAAGAAGACGGUCAGCUUGGAGAUCGAUUCAUGCGCCAAAUUGAACCAAUAGCUGCCUACUUGCCGUACAUGACCUCAGUGGGAAAUCACGAAGAGAAAUAUAAUUUCAGCCACUACAAGGCUCGUUUCUCUAUGCCAGGCAACGAGAAUGGCUUAAUGUACAGUUUUAACCUAGGCCCAGCGCACAUCAUAUCCAUUUCAACAGAAUUUUACUAUUUCAUCAACUAUGGUUUCAAGCAGAUUGCUUUACAAUACGACUGGCUUACACGCGACCUCGAAGAAGCCAAUGCUCCUGAAAACCGGACAGUCCGCCCCUGGAUAAUAACCAUGGGUCACCGUCCAAUGUAUUGUUCGAAUACAGACCAAGACGAUUGUACAAAGAAAGAUACACUUACCCGCGUAGGACUUUCUUUAUUCCACUGGUUCGCCUUGGAGCCACUCUUUUACAAACAUGGAGUGGACUUGGCCUUGUGGGCUCAUGAGCAUUCAUACGAGCGACUGUGGCCUUUAUAUAACCGUACGGUAAUGAAUGGAAGUCUGGAGCAUCCAUAUACUAACCCGAAAGCCCCAGUUCACGUCACAACUGGAUCAGCGGGUUGCCGAGAAGAACGUGAUGAGUUUAUUCAAAAAUUACCAUAUUGGUCAGCCUUUCGCAGCAACGAUUAUGGAUAUUCUCGUUUAUUAAUCGCAAACAAGACUCAUUUGCAUUUGGAGCAGGUCUCAGAUGAUCAAAAUGGCCGUGUGGUGGACGAUUUCUGGAUCACGAAAGAUCAUGUUCGAGGUUACUUAGAUCACGAAUUAUAGGACAAUGAACAAGGAGAACAGCCAUUAAUCAACAUUCGAGAGUUAGCGUCUGAUAAGCCUACAUAUCAAUUUCAUCGUCUGUGUCCACUUCAUCUACUUCAGUUGACCCUCCGUAGUCGUCUUCAUCUUCUUUGACUUUACUAGUUUUGGGCGUUGCGCAGAUACUACUAGCUGUCUUAGAGACGGGGGCUGCUACAUUGUUAUUCCGUUUAGGAGCUGGGGAUGUCGGAUUCUGGUCCUCUGGUCCAGCCCAAAUUUCUUCUUCGCUUUCUUCCCCUCUGUCGUUUUUAUCUAAACAAUAACUUUAUACAAAACGUUUAAAUUAA